CAAACGUACUUAAAUAAGAACAGUUAUUGCGUGUCUGUCAUAAAGGAUACCUAUUUGUGGAAGGUUCGAAGUCCCGAUGUUGUGCUGAAUGUGAAAACCUGGGAGACUUCAUUGAAUAAACCGACAACAACGACACAGAUGCAAUGGAAUGGAAUACAUCCGACGACGUAUCCAUGGCGACCACGACCUUGUCCCCUGAGGAAAUUGACGCGGCAUUAAGUCACUAUAAUGAAGUGCAGGCGCUCCGAUAUUUCCCAGUGUUUGCUUUUCUGGUAAUUGUUAUGGUUGUUGGGACGAUUGGAAAUGGCCUUGUUUUGUUCGUUUAUUGCAAACGCUUCAGAAAAACCUCCUCCAACUAUUUUAUUGUUGCGAUGGCGGUGUUUGACAUGUUGGCCUGUCUAAUUGGCCUCCCAACAGAGAUAUAUGACCUUUGGUUCUCCUACACAUUCUACAGCGAAGCAGUUUGUAAGAUAUUCAGAUACACGGAGGCGGUUGUUGUAUACGGGUCUGCGAUCAUUUUGGUGGAGAUCGCUUUUGACAGAUACUUUAAGAUAUGUAAGCCAUUGAUGUUGAUUGAGUUGUACAAGAUUAAAUCAAUGUGUAUUGGAGCCGGAAUCGCCGCAGUUCUCAUAGCAAUCCCAGCCCUUAUUCUGUAUGGAAUCUCCCGAACAGAAACGCCAGAUGGACGAAUUCAAGGAUUCGACUGUUCCAUUGCGGAGGCAUAUCGUAAACAAUCUUUCUCCCAGAUAUAUUACCUAAUGCUGGGGGCGGUUUUCGUUAUCACAGUAACUGUACUGACCAUCCUAUACGUGCGUAUCUAUAUUGAGAUCAGAAAGCGGAAGAAACUUGUUAUUGGAGAUCAGGUCCAAAGACCGAGCAAGGAAGAAAUCCAACUGAAUGGAAUGAACUCAAAUGACCAAAAGACUAAGAAAUUACGGGUUGUGCGCUACUGCUCUGAAUAUUCGGAUGAGGACUCGGACCUAGCAGCGAGGACUGCGUUUCGGCCUACUCUUCAAACGCUUGCUGAAGCCAUCACCAAGUUCCGCGUCACAAGGACCACGAUAGUAUUAUUCGCUGUCACUGUGGCGUUUAUUAUCAGUUACCUUCCCGGAAUUAUAAUUAUGAUCUGUCGCUCAGCCAUUCAGGACUUGGAGAGCCAUCAGACAAUUGCUGAACAUGUUCUCAGCAAGCUUUUUUCCAAAUUUUACUUUCUCAACAAUGCCAUUAAUCCGAUUAUCUAUAGCUUCUUAAACAUCAGUUUUCGUAGACGGUGUGUUAUUUUGGUAAAGAAGGCACUCUUUUGUCGGCAUUUUAAGUUCAAGUUCCGACGACCAAUGUACGACAAAGCAGGGUCCCAGAAAAGCUCCAAAAGCACCAAAAGUAACAAAAGUACCAAAGAGCUAAACGUAGUUUUGUAAAAACCCACAUACAUAUUUGGCCAGAUAUUUUCUGAUAUAAAUACAAAUGACUGUACAGUACGAAAUGUAAGUUUAUAUUGUAAAUGUGAAAUGAUUUGUUUUUGGU